GCCGGCCAGCCAGCCAAGGACCGGCCGGCCGACCGACCGACCGAGCGAGCGACCGACAGACAGAGGAAGAAGGCCAUCGCCGUCGACCCCGUCCCCGCCACGACCACGACACGACGAGCGGCAGCAGCAGGAGCCACCAGCGCCGCCGCCACCAGCGGCCGGGGGAGCGACGGCCGCACGGGCGCCGCCGAGUCGGGGAAGUGGGGCAGCCCGGGGCCGGGCGCGCCGUCCUCCCCGCCCUCCUCUGCCCGGCCCUCCGGCCGUCGGUACUGGGGCGUUGACUACAGGCUUGCACCAUGCGUGAGUACAAGCUAGUUGUUCUUGGCUCAGGAGGCGUUGGGAAGUCAGCCCUGACUGUGCAGUUUGUCCAAGGAAUAUUUGUUGAAAAAUAUGAUCCUACGAUAGAAGAUUCGUACAGAAAGCAAGUGGAAGUAGAUGCUCAACAGUGUAUGCUUGAGAUUUUGGACACGGCAGGAACGGAACAAUUUACAGCAAUGAGAGACUUGUACAUGAAAAACGGACAGGGCUUUGCAUUAGUGUAUUCCAUCACAGCACAGUCCACAUUUAACGACUUACAAGAUCUGCGAGAACAGAUUCUUCGAGUUAAAGAUACCGACGACGUGCCAAUGAUUCUGGUUGGGAAUAAGUGUGACUUGGAAGAUGAAAGAGUUGUAGGAAAGGAACAAGGCCAGAACCUAGCAAGACAAUGGAACAACUGUGCGUUCUUAGAAUCCUCAGCUAAAUCAAAGAUAAACGUUAAUGAGAUCUUUUAUGAUCUAGUGCGGCAAAUUAAUAGAAAAACUCCAGUCCCCGGAAAGGCACGUAAAAAGUCGUCGUGUCAACUGCUUUAAUGUACAGAUGUAUUGUAGCUCUGAGCCAGGUUUGAAGAACUGUUGCCCAAUUCCAACAGCGCCAGCAUUCCGACUUUAUUAAAUCUACCAACAUCUUCAAUGGACUUUCCUGUGGUGGUACCCUUUAAGAAACGGAUGAAAGCUACUACAUCAGUUUGCACAUUCUAUUCACUUUGCGGUGUCAGAGAUUUUUACUUAUAAAUAGUGUGAGUAUGCAACUGGUGAAACCAGAGGCUCCAUCCAGUAUUACUGCUAAGAGACAUUGUUCAUCCUUCCACCAGUGCUGUACAUGUAUGAAAAUUGCGGACUGUAAACUUUAACAAGCCCCAUACUUUCUAUUGGAGAGUCCAGUAAUGGAAAUCCUGAAAGCACCACUAUUUUAGCAUAAUAAAAGAAAGUCCAAAGAGCUCCUAUAUAGACUACUCCAGAUAACUCCGCUUCUUUGAUAUUUGUAGCUUCUUGUAAUUUUUUUUUUUUAAAGAAAUACAAAGUCACCAUUGUAUUGUACAAAAGCGCUUUGAAUUAACACAACAGCUAACUAGUUUUUUGGGUUUUUUUUUAAUUUUUGGAAAACCUGUGGAGACCGUGAUCUUGUCUUUAAAAUGAGAUAGUCCUUUCAGUAUAAUGUCUUAGAUUUAAGACUCUGCCUUUAAUAUCUGUUGGGAAGGAAAAAAUGUCCAGACUUUUCAAUCUUUUAUUGUAUGUUUCCUUUUUUUGUUUACAUAGGGAACACUGUUUAUAGUUACGUGUACAGUGGGGGUCUACAACAAGAAGUGUAUAUUUUCAGACAAUUUUUUAAUGAUUUGACAAUUUUUUGUAAAUCAUUUUCAGGCUUCUGCAGCUGUAGAUUCUCACUGUGAAACCCCCCCGCCCCCUCUCUCCCUCCCCUCUUCCCCCCGCUUGCUCAUGCGUAAGUGUAUUUGCAAUACCAAAUAGACAGGUUUUAGCCCUAUUACCCGUUAGUGACCGUUUCCCCGUGUGUAACGUUUUGGUUGAGAUGUGAAAUGGUGGAAGAGUACUGUGGAUGUGAAUGUGGGAAGUGAUUUUUCUAAUCAUAUGUGAUUGGUCACAGGGCCUGAGUUUGCAGUGAUUUACCUUUUGCCGGUUUAUUUACCAAAUGCCUCGUUGCUUCGUCUGCAUUAACGUUCGGGUGUAAAGAUUGUGUGUAUAUCCAGCAGGGAGCCACAGUAUUUAAAUUGACCAACCUAAUGUUACGACUGCUUCGCGGUGGCCAAAUGUAAACUAAAAGCCUUAAUCGAAAGUGGUGCAAUUUUGUAUGACUUAGUAUCAGUAGUUCAAUAAAUUGGGAUUGCCAAGCAAGGGCUUGCAUUAUAAUCACCUGCCAUUUGAAUGUUUUGUGUAAUGUUUUAACAGUGCUAGUAAAUAAAUAUGGGUUUAACUUUUUUUUUUAAAGUAACGGACGCGUUCUGCACGGUGUGGGGUCUUGGGCUCUGCCAGGUGGGCAAGCCGAGUGCUCGCCCGUGACGGGGAAGGCGAAUGAAAGGCGGCAGACUUUAUAACCUAGUGAUGUGAUUCCAGCGUCAGCCUAGCCACCUCGGACUUUUCUCCCCCCCACCCCCAGCCCGAAAGAUGAUUUUGUAAAACAAGCAAUAUCGCUUAUAUAAAACUCCUCUUGGUAUGAUUCAACGGCUCUUUUCUUUGAAAAUGGGAAAAUGAAAAUACUUUGAUGCGUUACUCUGCUGUUUUUUUAUGUAGGAUUAAGUUAUACCCAGUAUGUUAUGGUUAUAAAAAUAUUUUAAUGAA